GUGUUGGUUCCGGAGCUGAGUCGAGCCGCUUCGAGCCACGAAAUACUUGCUGUUACCUUAGUUUAUUAUCUUUAUUACACUCUCGACGUCAAUUUCCAACCCUGUGACGAGGGAAGGAAGACAUUAAAAGAAGAAGGAAAAGAUAUUAGCAAGGAAAUACAGAUUGAUGGGUUUUUAUUCAAAGUUGAAAAAGUAGUUCACCGCACACUCGCCUGCCAUUCUGUAGUACUGACGAGGGAGAAAUAGAUUUUUUGAGCUGGUUGUAUCAGUGGAAGAGAGAAAGAAAUAGAAGCAGACGAUACAAGUAUAAAGAAAAUUAAGAUAGAAGUGAAGCCUCAUUGCCAAGGGAGACAUACAAUGCUUAUUCAAGAGUUCCUGUUUGGCUGGGAGAUGAUGCUGUAUUUCUGAGCUAUAUUUUGUACCCAGGCAGUGCUAUACUAACAGUUGGGGGUAUUUAGAUCUCUGGUACAUCGCUUGUUAGUGAAUGGCUCAACAAUGGAAAGUUUUACUUCAAGUGACCAAUCUGAGGCCCCAAUGUGGAAUUCUGCUUUUUUAUCCAGGAUUGGGACGGAGGAAACCACUUCUACUAUGAUGACUUCUGAUUAUACUGAUUAUACUCUUACUACUGCUAUUUCGGAAAUUUUCUCUCCUGGUUUAGUUUUGACUAGUAUUAUUGAAAAUUUAGUUUAUGGUUUAUAUUUGGCUAGUACUACGGAAAAUCUCUUUCCUGGUUUUGAUUUGCCAAGUAUUAUUGAAAAUAUCAUUAGGUUCGUUGUGAAUAGUAUUAUGGAAAAUCUCUUUCCUGGUUUUGAUUUGCCAUAUAUUAUUGAAAAUAUCUAUAGGUUCGUUGUGAAUAGUACAUGGGAAAAUUCCACUAUUUGUCCAAAUUUGUCUAAGCUUCUGACAAAUUUCUAUCCUGGAUUAAAUAGGACUCUGGUUCAGGAUUUUGUAACUACUUGUUUAAAGUUGAUUGAAAUUGAUAGCAUACACAAAUUUCUUUCAUUAAUUUUGAAAGAAAUAUCAGAGAAAUGUUUGAAUUGGAUUGAUAAUCUGGUAAAUAUACUGACUAUACAGAAAGCACCUUGGGUGAGAGAUAUAAUUUGUAUGGAUUGGCCUCCUAUUCUAAAAAGGAAAUAUCGUGUACUUAAGUUUGUGCAAAAAUUAUGUUCUUUAGAAAUUGAAAUUAUUAGGAAUAUGAGUAAGUGUGUGUGUAAAGACGGUUCUCUAAGGGUGUGCAUACUUAAGGCAAUUGGUAUUCCUGAUAAUUGUUUCGAAGGGAAUUUCUUUGUCGAGAUACGUGUACUUGAGUGUCUAGCAGCAUCAAAUAUUACAAAGUGUUGGAAUGAGAUAUGUUGUGAAGAAUUUGAUUUUAGAAAUUGGCUGAAAUAUGUUCCAGAAGCCAAAAAGGAUAUAGUCAAACUAAUGUGGGCAAUCCUGGUAUUACUUCUUCUGUUUUAUUUCAUCUGUAUAUUCAGUAUGUGCAUUGGCGACAUGAGGCCUUACGGUGAUAGGCUGUUCUGUUGUCGUUUUUGUGGUACUGGAGAUGAGGAAAUUGCAAUAGCGGCAGCAGCAGCAGCAGCAGCAGGGGCAUCAUCAAAUAAUGCAUCACAAACAGCGCCAGUGCAGCAGAUCUGUGUCGUCCCCAAUGAAUCUGAUGAUGCUGCAGGGAAAAAAGUGCAGAAUAAAGAAAAAGUAUCAGCCGGAAAACAGAAUCCUGGUAUACCCCACCCGUUUUAUGGAGCUGAUCCGUCAAUGUUUGCUGAGCCACCAGGAUAUGGUCUACAACAUCCACUGUAUGGAACUCACCAACCAGUAUAUGGGGACCAACACCCAGUAUAUGGUCCUCAACAACCAGUAUUUGGACCCCAAGAACUAGAAUAUGUAACUCAGCAACCAGUAGAUGCAGACCAACCUAUGAAUGGAUCUGAACAUGGCAGCCAAGAACCAGUUAGUAGGACCCAUCAAUUAGAAUGCAUAAAUGAACAACCAGGAUCUGAAAUACACCAAUCAGAAUGCAUAACCCAACAACCAGUAUCUGAAAUGCAUCAAAAAGAAUGUGUAACCUAUCAAUCAGGAUCUGAAAUAGAUCAAGCAGGAUCUGAAACACAGCAACCAGAAUUUGCAACCGAUCAGCCAGGAUCAGAAACACCGCAACGGGGAUCAGAAAUAGAUCAGCCAGCCUCUGAAAAACAGCAAGCAGGAUGUGAAAUAAAUCAACCAGAAUCUGAAAUAGUUCUACCACGUGAAAAUCAACCUCUGAAAUAG